CACAAAUGUGUGUCACCGCCAUAGCAAAUAUGAUGCAAGCUAGUGUUAAAGAAGGAAACCCCCGGGUAAAAUUCUCAAAAGACCGAGAUAUUAUACCUUUCAUCGAAGCUCAUUGGGAAGGCAUGACCACCAUUGCUCGUCGAGUUACACAGUCCUGGCAUUCAACGAUUUUGAAAUGUCUUAUGAAAGAAACAAAGCUACUUUUUAACGCUGAAGAGGACUCAUCAGAGGACGGCCCUCUGUACAGUCUAGUUGUGCCAGAUUUAACGCAAAUCAGACCCAGCUAUGAUGAAAUCAAAACGAAAGGCGGAGGCGUCACCCCAGGCGGAGGUGGCAUGAAAGGCAGAGGUGGCAAACGGAAACUAGCAGACACUGGACAGGGCGGGGGGAAAAAAGGUAGACUCGCUGGAGACGUCAAUGCUCCCAAAUUACCUGCUCAUGGUUACCCUCUGGAACACCCGUACAAUAAAGAUGGCUACAGAUAUAUUCUUGCAGAGCCAGAUCCUCACGCACCGUUUCGUCAAGUAAGCCCCAAAACUAAUUAGCUGUAUUUCCUCAUA